AUGGAUCUGAUCAACUUCACCAAUUCGCUCAAUGUCUCCACUCUAGUAAGAAACAGCACUCACUUUCCAGCUCCUGCCUCAAACGUGAUCAUUGCCCUUCUUCUGUACUUGUCAGUUAUAAUUGGUACCAUCACCAACGGGCUCUACCUAUGGGUGCUCUUUUUCAAGAUGAAAAAGACUGUCAAUACGCUCUUAUUUUUUCAUCUCAUUUUCUCAUAUUUUAUUUCAAUAUUGAUUCUACCAUUUAUAGCCGCCUCCUACCUUCAGGACAAUCACUGGAGCUUUGGAACUGCCAUGUGCAAGGUCUUCAAUGCCACUUUGUCUACAGGGAUGUUCGCCUCUAUUUUCUUCCUCUCAGCCAUCAGUGUUGACCGUUACCUUCUCACUCUUCACCCAGUGUGGUCACAGCUGCACCGAACCCCACGCUGGGCUUCCAGGAUCAUCCUGGGAAUCUGGAUCUCUGCCACAGCCCUCGGCAUGCCUUAUUUGGUUUUCAGAGAGACACAUGAUGACCAUAAAGGAAGAGUGACCUGCCAAAAUAACUAUGCUGUGUCUACCAACUGGGAAAGCAAAAAGAUGCAAACAUUCAGGAAAUGGAUUCAUGUAGCCUGUUUCAUUGGCCGCUUUUUGCUAGGCUUCCUUCUGCCUUUCUUUAUCAUCACCCUUUGCUACACAAGAGUAGCCAACAAGAUGAAAGAGAGGGGCCUGUCUAGGUCCAAUAAGCCCUUCAAGGUCAUGAUGACUGCCAUUAUCUCUUUCUUUGUGUGCUGGAUGCCCUACCAUGUGCACCAGGGCUUAAUCCUCACUAAGAACCAAUCAGUACUCUUACAGUUGACUCUGAUACUUACAGUGAUAACCAUUUCUUUCAACGCUAUUUUUUCUCCUACACUCUACUUGUUUACUGGGGAGAACUUCAAAAAUGUUUUCAAGAAGUCCAUUCUUGCUCUGUUUGAGUCAACGUUCAGUGAGGACUCUUUGAUAGAAAGGAUACAAAACCCAAAUUCAGAAGCCUACAUUUAA